CGACCCUGGUCCCCACCACUGACAACCAGACCCACAAUGGCGGAGCUGCAGGUGGCAGAGGGGCCGGGGGACCCUACUCUUUGCAGCGGGCGCUUCACCAUCAGCACGUUGCUGGGGGGCGAGGAGCACCCGCCGCCGGCCACCUAUGACAACAGCCAGCCCAGCCACCUAACACACGGCAGCAGCACCCUCUACAUGCGAACCUUUGGCUACAACACCAUCGACGUGGUGCCCGCCUAUGAACACUACGCCAAUAGCGCCCUGCCUGGGGAGCUGCACAAGGUCCGGCCCACGCUGGCUGACCUGCACUCCUUCCUCAAGCAGGAAGGCAGUCACUUGCACGCCCUGGCCUUUGACAGGCGGCCCAGCCAUGACAUGACGGAUGGGCUGGUGGAGGAGGAUGAGGCGGGUGCCAGCAGCAAGAAGAACACUGGAGAAGAGCCUGUGCGCUUUGGCUGGGUCAAGGGCGUGAUGAUCCGUUGCAUGCUCAAUAUAUGGGGUGUGAUCCUCUACCUGCGGCUCCCCUGGAUUACAGCCCAGGCAGGCAUUGUCCUGACCUGGAUCAUUAUUCUGCUCUCGGUUAUGGUGACGUCCAUCACAGGCCUCUCCAUCUCAGCCAUCUCCACCAACGGCAAGGUCAAGUCAGGUGGCACCUACUUCCUCAUUUCCCGGAGUCUGGGCCCUGAGCUGGGAGGCUCCAUUGGCCUCAUUUUUGCCUUCGCCAAUGCUGUGGGUGUGGCCAUGCACACUGUGGGCUUUGCGGAGACAGUACGAGACCUGCUACAGGAGUACGGCACACCCAUCGUGGACCCCACCAACGACAUCCGCAUCAUUGGCGUGGUCACCGUUACUGUGCUGCUGGCCAUCUCCCUAGCUGGCAUGGAGUGGGAGUCCAAGGCCCAGGUGCUUUUCUUCCUCGUCAUCAUGGUCUCUUUCGCCAACUACUUGGUGGGGACGCUGAUCCCCCCAUCAGAGGAUAAGGCCUCCAAAGGCUUCUUCAGCUACCGGGCUGACAUUUUUGUCCAGAACUUGGUACCUGAUUGGCGGGGUGCAGAUGGCAGCUUCUUUGGGAUGUUCUCCAUAUUCUUCCCCUCAGCCACAGGCAUUCUGGCAGGGGCCAACAUCUCUGGAGACCUGAAGGACCCUGCCAUAGCCAUCCCCAAGGGAACACUCAUGGCCAUUUUUUGGACCACCAUCUCCUACCUGGCCAUCUCAGCCACCAUCGGUUCCUGCGUGGUUCGAGAUGCCUCUGGGAUCCUGAAUGACACGGUGACGCCAGGCUCUGGUGCCUGUGAAGGGCUGGCCUGUGGCUAUGGCUGGAACUUCACUGAGUGCUCCCAGGAGCACAGCUGUCGCUUUGGCCUCAUUAACUACUACCAGACUAUGAGCAUGGUGUCAGGCUUUGCACCCCUCAUCACUGCCGGCAUCUUUGGGGCCACCCUCUCCUCUGCCCUGGCUUGCCUUGUCUCUGCCGCCAAAGUCUUCCAGUGCCUGUGUGAGGACAAGCUGUACCCCCUGAUUGGCUUCUUCGGCAAAGGCUAUGGCAAGAACAAGGAGCCGGUGCGUGGCUAUCUGCUGGCCUAUGCCAUCGCAGUGGCCUUCAUCAUCAUUGCUGAGCUUAACACCAUAGCUCCCAUCAUCUCCAACUUCUUCCUGUGUUCCUACGCCCUCAUCAACUUCAGCUGCUUCCAUGCCUCCAUCACCAACUCACCAGGCUGGAGACCCUCAUUCCGAUACUACAGCAAGUGGGUGGCGCUGUUUGGGGCAGUCAUCUCUGUGGUCAUCAUGUUCCUGCUUACCUGGUGGGCGGCCCUCAUCGCCAUCGGCGUGGUCCUCUUCCUCCUGCUCUAUGUGAUCUACAAGAAGCCAGAGGUGAACUGGGGUUCCUCAGUGCAAGCUGGCUCCUACAACCUGGCCCUGAGCUACUCCGUGGGUCUCAAUGAGGUGGAGGACCACAUUAAGAACUACCGCCCCCAGUGCCUGGUGCUCACAGGGCCCCCUAACUUUCGCCCAGCCCUGGUGGACUUUGUGGGCACCUUCACCAGGAACCUCAGCCUGAUGAUCUGUGGCCACGUGCUGAUCGGACCCCGCAAGCAGAGGAUGCCUGAGCUCCGGCUCAUUGCCAACGGGCACACCAAAUGGCUCAACAAGAGGAAGAUCAAGGCCUUCUACUCAGACGUCAUCGCCGAGGACCUCCGCAGCGGGGUCCAGAUUCUCAUGCAGGCUGCAGGUCUCGGGAGAAUGAGGCCCAACAUUCUGAUGGUCGGAUUCAAGAAGAACUGGCAAUCAGCUCACCCUGCCACAGUGGAAGACUACAUUGGUAUUCUGCAUGAUGCCUUCGAUUUCAACUAUGGUGUGUGUGUCAUGAGGAUGCGUGAGGGGCUCAACAUCUCAGACGUGAUGCAGGCACACAUUAACCCUGUGUUUGACCCAGCGGAAGAUGGCAAGGAAGCCGGUGCCAGCAAGGCCAGGCCAUCUGUCUCCGGCACACUGGACCCCCAGGCCCUGGUGCGAGAGGAGCAGGCCAGCACCAUCUUCCAGUCGGAGCAGGGCAAGAAGACCAUUGACAUCUACUGGCUGUUUGACGAUGGAGGCCUCACCCUCCUCAUCCCCUAUCUCCUUGGCCGCAAGAAGAGAUGGAGCAAGUGUAAGAUCCGCGUGUUCGUGGGGGGCCAGAUCAACAGGAUGGACCAGGAGAGAAAGGCGAUCAUAUCUUUGCUGAGUAAAUUCCGACUGGGAUUCCAUGAAGUUCACAUCCUUCCUGACAUCAACCAGAAGCCACGAGCUGAGCACACCAAGCGGUUUGAGGACAUGAUCGCUCCCUUCCGCCUGAAUGACGGCUUCAAGGAUGAGACCACUGUUGCAGAGAUGAGGCGGGACUGCCCCUGGAAGAUCUCAGAUGAGGAGAUCAACAAGAACAGGGUCAAGUCUCUUCGGCAGGUGCGGCUGAAUGAGAUUCUGCUGGAUUACUCCCGAGACGCUGCUCUGGUCGUCAUCACCUUGCCCAUAGGGAGGAAGGGGAAGUGCCCGAGCUCACUCUACAUGGCCUGGCUGGAGACGCUGUCCCAGGACCUCAGGCCUCCAGUCGUCCUGAUCCGAGGAAACCAGGAGAACGUGCUCACCUUUUACUGCCAGUAGCUCCUGGUGUGGCCACGCCUACACAAAGCUGAGCGUUUGUGGGAUGACCGGCUGCCUCUCCAUGAAGCUGAGAUACAUGUUCUGUUGCACUUUAUUUGGUAGCAUCUGAUGGCCCAACGAAGAAGCUGGAAGAUUUCCAAGUUUGGGCAGGACCCCAAUCCCUUGAACAUGUCCUCUGGGUUCUGUUUUUAUGGGUGGGAGAAGCAGCAGGUGAUGAUGUAUGGAGGGAAAAAAAAUUGCCUUGGCAGAUACACAGCUCUUUUAAGUUUUUCUUUUGACGUUGAUUACAGUGAAUGAAGAUUUAUGUCUUUGCUCUAUAUACAAAAUUGGGUCAAAUUCUGAGUGUGAAACUUAGCAGCUUCUCUGUACCUUCGCUGGGAGUCCUCCCUAAUCCUGCCUCUGUCCUCCAGCAGUCAGGAGAAAGAGCACCAGAGAGGGUACCCUCCCUUGUGGGAGGAAUGCUGGGUUCUCUGAGCCUCCCCCAACCACCACAUUUUCUUAGCCACCUCUCUCUCCUUUUAGUGUCCAUAAUGUGCUUCAUUGUUAUUGUUGGUUCUUUGAUACAGAGUUUGGGUAUUCGACUUUU